ACUCGGCCAGGCGGGUGGAGAGAUUGCGCAUCAUGCCGGUUAGGCCGCCUUUGGAGGCUGCGUAGUCUGUGGAUUUACAUAACACAUGUUAGAUUUUUUUUCUUUCUUUUUCCCUUUUUAUUUUUUUUGGGACUGGGAGGGUGCUUACGACAUCCGUUAAUCCCUCCACCAUACCCCGCAAUCGACGACAUGAACACGAUCCGUCCCCAUCGUUGCGCCUUCAUGUGCUCGACUACCCCCUUGACGAGGAUAAACGACGCGCGGAGGUUGACGGUGAUGGUGUAA